CCUCCCGGUUUUCCUGGCAUGACCUUUUCCCUUGGCAACCACUUCCUCCGAGCAUCCACGGCCAUCUUUAAUUUUAAGUCAUUCAUGAAAAGUUGUUUCGCUCAUGUAAACACGCCCGAGCGACACGUUUGCGCACAAAAACGGCAUCGACGUUCGCCGUGUGCAUGUGGUUUUCCAGCGACAGGCUCCAAACAGAGCAGAGCAGAGCAGCACCGCAGCAGCCUGUCCGCCGAGAUUAAGAUGAGAAAGAAGCAGACUGCCAAACAGAGGAAGACUGAGGAGACCACAGUUGUCCAGGAGUUUGUGGUGGAAAAAAUAAUUCGCCGGAGGGUCUCUAAUGGAAGAGUGGAGUACUUUCUGAAGUGGAAAGGCUUCACCGAUGCAGAAAACACAUGGGAACCUGAGGACAAUCUGGAUUGUCCUGAACUCAUUGAAGAGUUCCUGAGAAACACCAAUCUGUCAGAAGAGAAUGAGGAAGAGCGAACUGACCAAGAGUUCAUUCCCAAAGAAGAAAUGACAGAGCAAGAGACGGAAAUUUCCUGUAUGCAGUCUCAGCGGCAGGCUCAUGCUGUGCAGAGUGACAGCGACGUCCUCGAGCCAAAUGACGAGCAGUCAGACGCCCCCCCCAACCUCAGCACUUACCUCGAGCCUGAAUGCAUCAUUGGCUCCACCGACAGACAGGGAGAGCUGAUGUUCCUAGUCAAAUGGAAGAACUCAGAUGACGUGGCCCUGCUGCCUGCUCGUGAAGUGAGCGCCAGGUGUCCCCAGGUAGUCAUCGACUUCUACGAGCAGAAGCUGACCUGGCACUGUGGAGACGAGGAGCAGUGAAGUGUGUGUGUGUGUGUGUGUGUGUGUGUGUGUGUGUGUGUUUGUGGGUAUGUGUACGGAGAAGAACUGGUAAACAGCUGCGCUCUCACCUGAGGCUUAGUUUAACCUCCAUCGAGUGUCCCCCUUCAGCUGACAUUAGAGGCACACUGUGUGAAAUUACAUCCCGCUGCAGGUAAGAGUUUCAGACUCUGGCAGGUGCAAGAACCUCAGCGGGGAUGGAUUUUUAAGGGCUCUCAGUCCCGUGGUGCUCAAUGAGGUCACUGUGCCUUUGUGGAGACUGUGAUGGAGGCUAAAACUAACCCUUGCAUGGAGCAGCAGACCUGAGGUCAGACUACCCUGUAGCAGCUUUGGUCUUGUGUCAUCAUGUAGCUGACACAAUCACUGUGGAUGCGUGUUUUGUUUUUAAGAGUUAUGGUUAUAUAGUAAUUUAGUAUUUAUAGUCCUGUUUAGUUGCGGGGAUCUUCCACUGGGAGGAGGCCCUGGUUAUAUAGUGUGUGCUUUAAUUGUUGUAUAGCAACACUUUGUAGGCAGAGUGAACUAACUACUGUCUGUACAAUCCAUACCUCCAGUCCAUCUAGCUUUUGGUUAGAGCUGAAGAUUGUAGACAUAUUGUUUGAACGUUUGUGCUUUGAACCUGUAUUGUGUGAGGUGUUUUUUUUUUUGUUUGUUUUUUUUUUUUAAGCUACAGCUUUUACUGUGUCUCACUGUGUCUCUGUUUUACCCUUGUGGUUGAUGUAAAAUAUAUAAAAAAAAUGUUGUCCACCAGAAAUUUCCCCAUAUUUCCAAUCAGCUGCUAUGUACCAAAUGUUUUCCUGUCAUCUGUAUUGAAUUCUAACAAGUUUUUAAAACAAUUGUUUGGUGCUUUUGAACAAAGUGAAGUCUUGACAGUUGACUCAAAAGAUUAUAAUAUAUAAAGUAAAUCUAUAAGAUUUACACAUGUUGAAAAACAACUCUAGUGCACCUAAAGGUGGCUAAUAAGAAGAAAUGUAGCACUUUAGAUACGAGACUGUCCAAUUAUGGAGGGCAUUGUCUUCCAGUAAUUAUACAGGCCCAUGUACAUGAUACCUGUACCCUGAUGGCACUGUCCUGACUCAACAUAUCUCCCAUGACUGUUAUGGGACACUGAGCUGAACCUUCAACCUCCUAAAACACACGUACUACUGAACUACUGUAACUGUAGACCAUUGAUCUGUGAAGUCUCUGUGAAUAAAGGAAGCCUUUUGUGACA